UAAAGAAAGACACCCCGACAGAUCACAAAAUUAUUAGGCGGAACUCCUUCCCUCCUCUUCAGACACACACAGAUCGAAAAAAACAAGAGCGAGAAAGCAAUCCCCAUGGCCAUGGCUUCCUCUUCUACGAAAGCCAUCUUCUCUUCUUCACCUGUCACCCCCUCUCCCUCUUCACACUUAUCACAAAAACCACCCUCUCUUCUCUCAUUCCUCCACAGCACCGCCACCGCCACCGCCACCUCCACGCCAAUCUCCGUUAAACUUUCCCAUUCUCGUUCAACUUCCCAGGUGGUCGUCAACAGCGUCCUGAAAACAGUAACAUCGCCGGAAACCUCGGUCCCCAACUACAAAACCCAAGAUCUCAACUAUCCCAGACCCACCAUCUUGGUCUCCGAGAAGCUCGGAGAAGCGGGUCUCGAAGUUCUACGCAGUUUUGGUGACGUGGAAUGCUUGUACGGGCUCUCGCCCGACGAGCUCUGCUCCAAGAUCUCGUCCUGCGACGCGCUGAUCGUGAGGAGCGGCACGAAGGUGAGUAGACAGGUGUUCGAGGCCUCCAAGGGGCGGUUAAAGGUGGUGGGCCGCGCCGGCGUCGGCAUUGACAACGUGGAUCUGCAGGCCGCCACGGAGUUCGGUUGCCUUGUCGUUAAUGCGCCGACGGCCAACACAGUCGCUGCCGCCGAGCAUGGGAUUGCUUUGCUCACUGCUAUGGCUAGGAAUGUCGCCCAGGCUGACGCCUCCAUGAAAGCUGGAAAAUGGCUGCGUUCCAAGUAUGUUGGGGUAUCUCUGGUUGGAAAAACGUUGGCAAUUAUGGGAUUCGGAAAGGUUGGAUCUGAAGUGGCGAGGCGUGCGAAAGGGUUGGGCAUGCAUGUGAUUGCGCACGAUCCAUAUGCACCGGCGGACAGAGCCCGUGCUCUGGGGGUGGAAUUGGUGGCUUUCAAUCAGGCCAUCUCCACCGCCGAUUUCAUCUCUCUGCACAUGCCACUCACUCCUGCGACUUCAAAGGUCUUCAACGAUGAAGCUUUUGCCAAUAUGAAGAAAGGAGUCCGUCUCAUCAAUGUUGCCAGAGGUGGGGUUAUAGAUGAAGAUGCGCUCGUGAGGGCCCUCAACAGCGGCAUUGUUGCUCAGGCUGCACUUGAUGUGUUCACGGAGGAGCCGCCGCCGGCAGAUAGCAAGCUUGUGCAGUGUGAGAACGUCACAGUCACACCCCACCUUGGAGCUAGCACAAAGGAAGCACAGGAAGGUGUAGCCAUUGAAAUAGCUGAGGCUGUAGUAGGGGCGUUGAAAGGGGAGCUCUCUGCAACUGCUGUCAAUGCUCCCAUGGUCCCUCCUGAGGUCGUGUCGGAGUUGUCACCUUACGUGGUGCUAGCUGAGAAGCUAGGCAGGCUAGCUGUACAGUUGGUGGCCGGAGGCAGUGGAAUCAAAUCUGUAAGGGUUGUAUACAAAUCUGCUCGUGACCCAGAUGACCUGGACACAAGACUUCUCAGGGCCAUGGUCACCAAAGGCAUAAUCGAACCCAUAUCAGCCUCAUUUGUUAACCUGGUGAAUGCAGAUUUUACUGCAAAACAAAAAGGCCUCCGCAUAAGCGAGGAAAGGGUACUUGUCGACUCAUCGCCGGAGUUCCCCGUCGACUCAAUUCAGGUGAUAAUAUCCGAUGUGGAGUCUAAAUUUGCAAGCGCUCUUUCAGAUAACAAUGGAGAUAUAAGCAUCGAGGGGAAAGUGAAAUUCGGAAUACCCCACCUGACACGUGUGGGAUCGUUUCCUGUGGAUGUGAGCUUGGAAGGAAACCUGAUUUUGUGCAGGCAGGUGGAUCAACCGGGCAUGAUUGGUCAGGUUGGAAACAUUCUGGGCGAGCAAAAUGUGAACGUGAGCUUUAUGAGUGUGGGGAGGACGGUCCUGAGGACGAAGGCUAUUAUGGCGAUUGGUGUGGACGAAGAACCAGACAAGGAAACCCUUGAAAAAAUAGGUAAGGUGGCAGCCAUUGAAGAGUUUGUGUUCCUCAAACUAUAGGAGAAAUGUUAAGAGUUGGUGUUUAUUUAAUUUAAGGAUGCCCACAUAGGUUUUACAGUGGGUUUUAGAUUUGAAUAAAAAAUGAGAAAUGUUAUGGGUACUAAAUUCUUUACCAAAAAAUGCGUACUAAAAUGAUAUGGAGCUUAUUCAUGUAACGGGUACUAAUAGAAUAAGUUCCACAUUAUUUUGGUAUCCAUCACUUGGUAAAAAAUUUGGUACCCGUAAUAUUUCCUUGAAAAACUGUUGGGUGCUUGACAAAUGAAGCAGCCAGCAUGUGCCCGUAGAAGAUUGCCUGAGUUUGAGUUUAGUCUAGGUUUUGUAAUGUUCUUCUGUCACCCUGGAAUACUAGAAAGCAGGGGUGUUAGUCUUAUUAUCUGUAGUCAGGUGGAGCAUUUGUUCAUCCGCUUGAGUGAUUUUGGUUUUGGUUGUGGUUGUUGUUGUACUUUUUUGUUGUUGUUCUUGCUGGUUGAAAACCAACUAUUGGAAAAUGUUUGAAAUCUAUUAAACAAAACAAUAAAAAUCCACUAAACUUCUUA